UUGAUCCUUUACGGAGUGUCGCUACGCAAUUUCAUUAAUGUUCAUUGUAAUAUGAUAAAUAUAUGUCAAAUUUAAGUUUAAAAUCUAUUAAACUAUUAAAUAACAGAUUAAUGAAUAUAAUCACAAGUUUAAUUUAAAAUAUUGAUUAUAAGGAAGUUACUGCACCAAAUUUAAAUUAAUACCUAUAAUAUCACAUUUUUCUAUUGUACAAUAUUACAUUCACUUAUGCCGGACAAUGAUGUUAUAACUUCAAAUAAGACUUUUAAAACUAUAUACAAACGAGUCACAUUAUCUUCACUUUUGAUCAUAACAUUUCUGAAUUCUUUUGCCUGAUAUGUAGAAUUUCAUUAAAAUGUUAUAACAUUAGUCACCACUCGAAGAAUACGCGGACAUAAUAGAACUAUAGAAGGUACAAAAAAACUUAUGAUGUACUGCAAUAAAAUAUUUUUCAUCUUUUGUAUUUUAGACCAGAGAUACAAUACGGUUUUCAUGAAAUUAUAUGCUUGCAAAAAUUUUUUCUGGGAUACCAACAGCAGUAAUCAAUUGGGGAUAGCGUUUUUAAUAUUUAAUGGCGCGUUCAACAUACAGGUCGAGUUUUCGCAAGAGGGUGAAUAUUGCUUCACAUUAUGACAGGAAGAGCGAGAUAACUGUUCAUAGCAGUUUAAAAUAUGGGCAUUACAGAACCCUCAAGAUACAAAGAUUUUAUGUGGGCAGUUGAAAUACAUCGCGUAAGCUUUGAAAUAAUGGGUUUAUGGCCCACAGGUGACAAAUUUGAUACGAGUAAUUUAUGGUCAAAACUUCAUGUAGUCACUAUUUUAAGUCUAAUAACGUUUGUUACCAUUAUUCCAAUGAUACGUGCGGUUAUACAAGUAUGGGGCAACAUGGUACUGGUAGUAGACAAUUUACGUAUUGCGUUAUCUCUGACAAUAUCAAUAAUAAAAUACGUUAUUAUGCUGUGGAAACGAACAGUUCUUUUGUCAAUUAUAAAUAUAAUAGCGGAAGAUUGGAUGGCAUUCAAAUCGAAUACAGAGAGAACCGUGAUGAUAAAACAAGCAGAAACUGCUCGAGUAAUCAUGGUCAUUGGAUACUUUAUCACGAUAAUAGGAAUUGUUGGAACAGUAGUUCCAGCUUUUUUUGGCAUACAAGUGAUGUCAGUAAAAAAUCGUACUCAUCAGCACAAGACGUUACCGUUCAUGACAUACGACUUAUAUGAUACAGAUAAGAGUCCGCAGUAUGAAUUGACGUUCUGUAUUCAUACUAUAUCAUUCGUGAUUGCAGCUACUGUAUUUAUGUCGGUAGAUAGUUUUAUGGUGCUACUAAUUCUUCACAUUUGUGGCCAGUUAAAAAACUUUAGACGUCGAUUAGUUAAUAUGACGUCAUGCAAAAACUUCAACAAAACUUUAAAUAAUAUCGUAACAUCUCAUUUACGUAUGAUCAGAUUUACCGAUAAUAUCAAAAAUACAUACACUUUAAUAAUGUUAAUUAUGUUAUUUCACUUCGUUAUUGUAUUUUGCCUAAGUGGGUUCUGUUUAAUACUAGAAAUGGAUAACCUUAAUACAACAAAAAUUUAUUUUUCGAUAAUUAUGCUUAUAGUUAUAUUAAUGAAUACGUUUUUGUACUGUGGUGCAGGAGAACUUUUAACAGAACAAUGCAAUGCAGUAUAUCGUGCAAUAUGCAAUCUUGAGUGGUACAAAUUGGAAUCAAGAAAUGCCAGAAAUCUUAUUUUAUUAAUGCUUCGAGCACGCUAUCCUGUUUGCAUUACUGCAGGAAAGAUUAUUCCAUUAACAAUGGCUACUUUUUCCAGCGUAUUAAAAACAUCAUGUGGAUAUAUAACGUUUUUAUUAGCGAAACGUGGUUAAAAAUUAAGAUAAUAUAUUAAUAUGUACGUAUCACAAAGAAAUAAGUGUAUAUUCUACUAAAUAAUUACAAGUAAAUAAUAGUAUAUUGUAUUAACAAUUAUUGCAAUAAAAAUUUUUUUCUUGCUUAUUACUA